CAGGGUCACUGAGACUCUAUGACACAGUUAGAUAGACUCAGUUGUUACAGGUGUCAGUUGCCUAGCUACAUGUUGUUACACAUUAUUAAAUAGCGUUUGAUGACUGAUGAUGCAAUAAAUCUAUGAAUACUGUGAGUGUCUAGCCUCAAGAAAUCUAAAGGGAAAUGAACUUCACAUCCCAUUAAAGAUUGGAAAAGCAUAUACUGCAGGUCUGCUGCAAUGGCCACAGCCACUCAUCCUCUCCUCAGCUUUCCACCUUAUGUUGCACCACAACUUGCCAAUGACAGUGAAGAGUACAGUGAUGAUGGCCUAACUGCACACCAAUCAAAUCCUCAUCAUUUGGGCAACACAAAUAACAACAAUAACAAUGAAGAAAAGAAGGAGGAGAAGAAGGAAAAGGAAGAAGAAAAAGAAAAGGACAAAGAGAAAGAAAAGGAGAAAGAGAAAGAGAAAGAAAAGGAGAAAGAGAAAGAGAAAGAAAAGGAGAAAGAGAAAGAGAAAGAAAAGGAGAAAGAGAAAGAAAAGGAGAAAGAAAAAGAGAAGGACAAGAACAAGGAUAAGGAUAAGCCAGGAGAAAUAUUUGUCAUUAAUCCAGCUGGGAAUUUGUAUUACAACUGGCUCUUCAUCAUCACACUUCCAGUCAUGUAUAAUUGGACCAUGAUCAUAGCCAGGGCUUGUUUUGAGGAGCUGCAGCAUGACUACAUAAUUUACUGGAUUAUUCUGGACUACACUUCUGACCUUAUCUACCUGGCUGAUAUGUUCUUCAGAACCCGAACAGGUUACCUUGAACAAGGCUUGUUAGUGAAAGAUAAGAAGCUGCUUUUGGAUCGAUACAUCAGCAGCUUCCAGUUUCGUCUCGAUGUUUUCUCUAUGCUGCCCACUGACAUCUUCUACUUCCUCCUUGGUAUUGACUAUCCAGAAAUCCGCAUUAACAAGCUGGUGAGAAUUGGCCGCAUGAUGGAGUUCUUUACCAGAACGGAGACUAAAACCAACUACCCCAACAUCUUCCGCAUUGUAAACCUUAUCAUGUACAUCCUCAUUAUCAUCCACUGGAAUGCCUGCUUGUACUUCUCUUUUUCCAAAUCGAUUGGAUUUGGUGCGGACGACUGGGUUUACCCUGCUGUGGAUGAUCCUGAAGAGCCUGACUUUGGGCUGCCCAUGAGGAAGUAUGCUUUUAGCCUGUACUGGUCCACACUGACUCUGACCACCAUCGGAGAAACCCCACCACCAGCUUUGGACUCAGAAUUUCUCUUCCAUGUUGCUGACUUUUUAGUUGGAGUCCUGAUCUUUGCCACCAUUGUGGGAAACAUUGCCACCAUGAUUUCCAAUAUGAAUGCAGCCCAAGCCCAAUUCCAGGCCCGCAUUGACAAUAUAAAGCAGUACAUGCAGGUUCGAAAGGUUAGUAAGGAUCUAGAGUUGCGAGUCAUUAAGUGGUUUGACUAUCUGUGGAAUAAUGGCAAGGCACAGGAUGAAAGAGAGGUGCUAAGGUAUCUUCCAGACAAGCUAAAAGCGGAAAUAGCCAUCCAAGUCCACAUGGAUACGCUAAAGAAAGUUCGGAUUUUUGCAGACUGUGAGGCAGGCCUGUUGAUUGAGCUGGUGCUCAAACUCCGGCCACAGGUGUUCAGCCCUGGAGAUUACAUCUGUAAGAAAGGCGACAUUGGCCGUGAGAUGUAUAUUAUCAAAGAUGGAAAACUGGCAGUUGUUGCUGAUGAUGGUGUAACACAGUUUGUUGUGCUCGGAAGUGGCAGCUACUUUGGUGAGAUUAGUAUUCUUAAUAUUAAAGGCAGCAAAGCAGGUAACAGGCGGACAGCCAACAUUCGCAGCAUUGGAUACUCAGAGCUCUUCUGCCUUUCCAAGGAUGACCUGAUGGAAUCACUGGUAGAGUAUCCAGAUGCCAAAGGCAUGCUUGAGGAUAAGGGCCGGCAGAUCCUGAUGAAAGAUGGUCUGAUAGACUUAGACCCAGCUAACAUCAAGCCUGAGCAAAAAGAGCUGGAGGAGAAGGUCAACAAAUUGUAUAGCACUAUGGAGCUGAUGCAGGCCAAGCUAAAGAAGAUCUUAGGAAAUUAUGAUAAUGCAGACAAAGCUCUGAGGCAUCGUAUUGCAGAUCUCGAGUGCUUAACUGGGGAGGAGGUAGAAGAAGAUGAGGAAGAAGGAGGAGUUAAAAAAGAAGAGGAAGCGGAGGAUGGGGAGAAAAAGGAAGAUGAAAUAGUGGAAGAAGAGAAAAAAAGUGAGACAACAAAAGAAGAGGAAGAAAAGCACGAAGAGGAAGAAGUGGAAGAUGAGAAAAAAGGUGACAUGACAAAGGAAGAUGAAGAAAAGAAGGAAGAAGAAAAAACAGGUGAAGCAGGUGAUGAAGAAAGAAAGGAUGAAGACAUCAAAGAAGAGAAGAAAGAUGAGGAAGUUACAGAAGAAGAGAAAAAAUGAAUAAUUUCUGUAAUACACCAAGCUCUUUUUUAUGUAGCUACAAUAGAAUGCUUAUCACAAUGAUGUGGACUUUGUUUUUUAAUGAGUCAGCAAUAAUAUAAUAAACAACAUAUGAAACACUACAGAUUGACUGAAACACCCACUUUUAAGUUGUCCUUAAAAGCUGCUGCAAUUCUAUAUGUAAUAAAGUUAAAAUAACAUAAAACUGUUUUCCUAUGUUGAUACUAUCAUUAAAUUAAACAGUUUGGUUUGAUCUUCAGCAGGCCGUCUUGACCAUGUCUACAUGCCUAAAUACUUUGACUUUCUGCCAUGUCAGUGGGUGAUAUCGACAUCGCCUUUAACAAACAGCUCAGCAGACCUUUCUAACAGACUGGCCGAUUAGAGCAUAUGUGUGCAUGUGUGUGCAUGUGUGGGCCUGCACAACACAGUUACAACAACUAGAAACUGAUAACAAGGAAACAGAAGGAUUAUGGUCAGGAAUUUCUCAGGUUAGGAGCUUUUUACUUUACCAGCAUAGGUGUUAAAGCUGUUAAAAAUAACUUAAGAGUCAUAAAGAGGAAAAUGUAUGAAUUGUUUAACAAUAAUAAAAACUGAAGAAUGCAGUGUAGCCUUUAGUCCAAAUAUCAGGUGAGCCUUUCAUUUUUGUCUUUGGACAAACCCCCAGGUUGGGCCUUGACCAAGUAGUCUUGGUGCUUAAAUCUAAACAGUGCAUGAAGCAAGGAAAAUAAAAUCUAAAAGAAAGGAUUCAAAUCAAUGUCAAGAAUCAUGGGUAAAGUUGUCUCUUUUUGGCUCCACAUACUUUCAUUUUAAUUAUUUUCUUUACAGUUCUUAUGAUAAUUGCCCUUUUUUAUUUAACAGUUAAGAGAAUUUGUUUGUCAGUCUUACACAGUGUAAAUAAUUUCCCUCAGCUAGAGCAUUCUUGUAGAGUCACUGAGUUCAUUUUCCAUUCCAGUGUGUUCAUGUAUUACUACUGCAGUGAAGAUUACUGCAAAAAGAGAAGCCUAUGGUGUCACUAAACGGAUAUUCUUAGUAGCCAUUUUUUUUCCUCUAGUGAAAUUGGAAAGUUGGAUAUCUAAAAUGAAAUUGUACAUUCAGUCUUACAAUGAAGGCAGUUUGUGGGAUGUCAUGUAGCUGUUUCCAGGAGUAGACAUUUCUUUACAACACUGAUUUUGUU